AUGCCGAACCUCGACGUCUCCUACGUCGACUCCCUGCCUCCGAGCUACUACCGAGUCUUGACAGCAGUUGAGAUGGGGAUGAAGAACCAUGACUACGUUCCUCUUAACCUGGUAAUCAGCCUUUCUGGGAUUCGCCACGGGUCUAUACCACACAUUGUGCAGGAGCUUUUAAAGAUAAAGCUCAUCUCUCACAUAGGAGCACCGAUUGAUGGCUACGCUUUGACGUAUAUGGGAUAUGACUACCUCUCGCUCAAUGUCAUGAAGCGUCGCGGAGUCAUUUCUGCUAUAGGAUCCCGAAUCGGUGUUGGAAAAGAAGCAGACGUGUACAUGGCUAUGCGUCCUAAUGGUCAAUAUGUUGUGCUCAAACUUCACAAGCUUGGUCGCACCAGCUUUAAAACAGCCAAGACAAAACGGGAUUACAUGGGACCCCGGAAGAGUGCUUCUUGGAUGUACCUCUCUCGACUUGCUGCCGUUAGAGAGUUUGGAUUUAUGGUUGCAUUGAAGGAGAGAAGCUUCCCUGUUCCCGAUCCCAUCUCCAUCAAUCGCCACUGUGUGUGCAUGUCCUACGUUGAAGGAAUACCAAUGCAUGCGAUUAAGGAUAUCGACAUAGAGGCUGCAAACUUGCUGGCCAAAGAUAUACACACUCAAAUGGUGCGGAUGCUAAGAUACGGGAUUGUACACGGAGAUUGCAACGAGUUCAAUGCAAUAGUCCAGACCUCAGAUCCAGAAAAUUGCACCCCGGAGACUACCCGUGUAGUGAUCAUCGAUUUUCCUCAGGUGAUACAGUCGAUAGCUCCUGAAGCCGAAGAACAAUUUAAUCGCGAUGUAAUGUCUGUUGAGGGUUUCUUCAAUCGAAGAUUUGGAGCAGACAUUGUGCUUCCACGCUACAAUGAAGUUAUGCGUCAAAUUUCUGAAGAGGAAUUAGUGGGUCAACGGAUUGAUGCAACAGAGGCCUUUGUUAAGGAGAUGGUGGCUAAAUAUGAUCCUGACGAAGAGCUUGAGAUUAAAGAAGGUGACGAAGCUGUUGAUGAAUGUUCAAAUAGUAUGGUAGAUGAUGAUGCAGAUCCAGUUGACAAGUCUAAGGAGCCUAGGAUGAGGAAGGUAGUAGAUAUACGGCAGGCGGUACAAAGACAGUUACGGAAAGAGCAAUGGCGGCGCAUACAGCACCAGCGACAAUCUAAGGGGACUGAGAAACAUCGCGAUAACUAUCGGCGUGACUUGUAG